UGUUUUAUUCCCUUAUAAUGGGUAACAGUUCAUCUCGGCGUGGUCGGACACAGUCACCACAGCAUUCCCAACAAGAAGCAGAGCAGCAGCAUCAGCAGGAGCAGCAGUCUCGUCCUAGACGGCAAGGGACAUCCUUUAGUCUCUGGCCUACUGUAUCCUGGAUGGGUAUAUCAAGGCCCACCAUGCGUGAUACUACUAACUCUACACAACAACAACAGCAGUCUAGUAUAGUAGUCCAGUCUAGGCAGCGGCCUCCGAAUGAUGGUAGUCGGAAUGCAGUAGAGUCGGAUAGCGGCUUAUGGCCGACUGUGAACUGGUCCGGUGAAUCUCCACUACGUCAACAGCAAGAGCAGCGUUUGCAAGCCGCAGCGUACCAACAACAGCAGAGACCGGUGUAUGUAUUCCGAGGUGGGAGAUAUGUCCCGGACCCGACAGCAGACCCGAGGCCCUAUCAAGCACCCUUCUCUCCAUUCAGUCUUGUCCAGACUAUACCGGAAAUAAAGCAGACAUGUGUUGUCAAGAAUCCCUGCAACUUGAGAAAGGACACUAUCAAAUUCAUCGAGGACGGCACCAAUACCCCUCCUAAACUGUGCUUUAUGGUGGAUACGACGACCCCAUGUACAGUGAGACUGCAUUACUUUGUUGUGGGGGAUGCCAGUUCUCAUACGACAGAUAUUCCUGAGAUUAAGGGAGUGCGGACAUACACGUAUGACUUACCGCAUGCUGGAUUGCGACAAAAGAUCAUUACCAACGAUGAGGUCCAGAGAAUAGAUCGUCGUCAGCCACUUCCUGCAGGAUGGUCCUCCACCGCUUAUACGAAAGGCUCCCAUCGGUAUCCCGCGGUGGUUGAGAUAAUGUCAAAGAGUAAUUCUAAUGGAAAUUCGAAAGAUAUAAUUUGUACAGGCCAGCUCACUUACCUCAGUUUUCCACCUGUCGAGGGGACGGAGUUGAUGAUGAACGUGAAGGUGUUGAAGCAAAGGGUACUCUUCUCUACCCAAGCGUAUGACAUGCAUGAUAUUUAUGGUAUUGAAGCUCCCCAAUCAGCCGUACAUGAAGUAGUAGAGCAGAUAGGAGAUACUGUAGAGGGGAAGAUUGUUAAAGGUGGUGGCAAUUCUCCUUCGUCGUCCUCUGAGGAAGAGUCCAUCAACGGUGAAGCGGCUCCUAGUCCGAGCCACCCAAGCCCUGGACAUUAUGAUGAUGAGGCUGAUGCUAUGGCCAGUGAAUGUGUUAUAUGCUUGAGUGAAGCAAGGACAACAGUCGUACUCCCUUGCCGUCACAUGUGCCUUUGCAAUGAUUGUGCUGUGAGAGUACAAGAAGCCAAUCCUGGACAUGUAUCAGCUAAAUGCCCGAUAUGUCGCCAGCCGGUCACCUCAAUGUUACAGAUUGCUGCGUCACCAUCAUCAAUAAUACGGGAAUCAACGUCUUAGUCCAUGCAUUGGAGAUACCGGCUUCCACGAUUCUUGGUCUAGGUCAUUUUGUACUAGAAGAGUGUAACAUUAAGCAUAGCUGUUGUUAUCAUCAUCAUGGUGGGCCUCUUCUGAGGCAGUGGUUUUCUAUUUUGUCCUCAUGAAAAUUAUCAUCCUCGCCCCGGCCCCCAUUCAAAUGUAUCAUCAUCACUACUACUACUUUAGU